AUGGACGUCGACACGAGACUCAAGGCCUACCGGCUGGUCGCCUAUUCGGCCGUCGGCUUCUGCGCAGCUUCCGUCAUUUCGGUGAUUUUUUACUUCGUCACUCCAAAACUUUCAAAACAGCUAAUGAGCAAUAUUGUGAAAUUUUGCAGUUAUGCGUUAUGAUGCCGAUGAUUCACAUGUACCUGAGCGGAAUGAAGGGUCGUUUGACCGACGAAAUUCAUUUUUGCAAACAUUCAGCAAAGAAUGUGUUCGACGAAGUGAACUUCAUGAAGGCGUCCGCUGACGUCAAGAUCAACGCUACCAGACAGACUCGCCACGCUGGCUACGGCGGCGGAUAUGCGACGGGACCAUCGAUUGGAAUCCGCGGAGGAAGUCAGGUGCAACAAAACCAAGGAGGCAGCUGUCAGACUUGCUGCCAGCCUGGCCCACCAGGACCGCCAGGCAGCCACGGAAGACCUGGACGUCCUGGCGCUCCAGGAGCUUCUGGCAUGCCCGGAGCACCAGGACGAGGCGGCGCUGCUCCAUGCAGUCCUGUGACUCCGCCUCCUUGCAAACCAUGCGCACCCGGAUCGCCUGGACCCGCUGGUCCUCCAGGGCCGCCAGGAAACAACGGAGCUCCAGGAGCCCCAGGUCACUCCGGCGGUUCUUCACGACCAGGACCUCCAGGACCAAAAGGAGCUCGUGGACAGCCAGGAAAUCCUGGACAGCCAGGCCAGCCAGGAGCGCCAGGCCGCGACGCACAAGGAGGCUCAUCUGGAGUUGCACUUCCAGGGCCUCCAGGACCUCCAGGACCUGCUGGUGCUCCAGGACAGCCGGGUUCGUCAGGACGUGGUGGCGGACCAGGUAAGAUCUUUUCCCUUUAUUUUUCUGAAUGUAUCAUUCCGGCUUGAUAAUGACUCCGAUAUGAAAAAUUGCGCCAAAAGAAAAAAUAUAUAUUCCUACAUAUCCUCAUAAAUAUUUUUUGAGAAACUUCAAACUUUUCUCAAACCUAAACAUAGUGUAGUCUUGCGCAUAUUUUACCUUUUAUUUUCAAAAUUGAGGCGAUCGGAUAGAAACUCAAAAAGAAAAUCUAGUUUAUUUUGUUUCGAGUGACUUUUGAACAAAAUUUUUGUUUCGUGCAGAAAACAAGCCAGCCAGAGUCAACAAAACUUGAAAGGAUAAGAGAUGGUCCAAGGGAAAAAAAUUUCUGGACAGUAAAAAUUGAAUGAAAAUGAUUUUUCAGGACCUGCUGGACCAAAAGGAGCCCCAGGACAGGCUGGAAGGCCAGGAGCCGAUGGAAACCGCGGUCCUCCAGGAGCCCCUGGAUCUUCUGGAGGCUCCGGCGAACGCGGUAUCUGUCCUAAGUACUGCGCCGUCGACGGCGGCAUCUUUUUCGAAGACGGAACUGUUCGCAGACGCUAA